CUGCGGAGGAACGGCUGUUGGUGUCUGCCCGUGGCCACCCGGAGGCCGGGGUCUUUGCUUCUGAUCGCCGAGCCUCUUCUUCGGGAGGAGCCAUGGCGCUCAGGGUCACUAGGAACACGAAAAUUAACACAGAAAAUAAGGCCAAGGUCAGCAUGGCAGGCGCCAAGCGUGUGCCUGUGGCCAUUGCUGCGGCCUCCAAGCCCGGGCUGAGACCAAGAACUGCGCUCGGAGAUAUUGGUAACAAAGUCAGCGAACAGGUACAGGCAAGAGUGCCUCUGAAAAAGGAACUAAAAACUUCAGUUACUGGAAAGGUUUCAGCUAAAAUCCCACCAAAACUUCUGGAGAAGGUGCCUGUGAGUGAGCCAGAAGUGGAACUUGCCGAGCCUGAGCCCGAGCCCGAGCCUGAACCUGUUAUGGAAGGAAAGCUUUCUCCUGAACCUAUUUUGGUUGAUAACCCCUCUCCAAGCCCAAUGGAAACAUCUGGAUGUGCCCCUGCAGAAGAAUAUCUGUGUCAGGCUUUCUCUGAUGUAAUCCUUGCCGUGAGUGAUGUGGAUGCAGAUGAUGGAGCGGAUCCAAACCUCUGCAGUGAAUAUGUGAAAGACAUAUAUGCCUAUCUCAGACAACUGGAGGAAGAACAGUCAGUCAGACCAAAAUACCUGAUGGGCCGUGAAAUCACUGGAAACAUGAGAGCCAUCCUAAUUGACUGGCUGAUACAGGUUCAGAUGAAGUUUAGGCUGCUGCAGGAGACCAUGUACAUGACUGUCUCCAUUAUUGACUGCUUCAUGCAGGAUAAUUGUGUACCCAAGAAGAUGCUGCAGCUGGUUGGUGUGACUGCCAUGUUUAUUGCCAGCAAAUAUGAAGAAAUGUACCCUCCAGAAAUAGGUGACUUCGCUUUUGUGACUAACAAUACUUACACUAAGCACCAAAUCAGACAGAUGGAAAUGAAGAUUCUUAGAGUUCUAAACUUCAGUUUGGGUCGCCCUCUGCCUCUGCACUUCCUCCGUAGAGCGUCUAAAAUUGGAGAGGUUGACGUUGAACAGCAUACUUUGGCCAAAUACCUCAUGGAGCUCACUAUGCUGGACUACGACAUGGUGCACUUUGCUUCUUCGCAAGUUGCAGCUGGAGCUUUCUGCUUAGCACUGAAAAUUCUCGACAAUGGUGAAUGGACACCAACUCUUCAGCACUACCUAUCCUACACUGAGGAAUCCCUUCUGCCUGUUAUGCAGCACCUGGCUAAGAAUGUCGUCAUGGUGAACCGUGGCCUUACAAAGCACAUGACUAUCAAGAAUAAGUAUGCAGCAUCCAAGCAUGCUAAGAUCAGCACUCUGGCACAGGUGAAUUGUACACUAGUUCAAAAUUUGUCCAAGGCCGUGACAAAGGCAUAACUCAAGUGGACUACUACAUCUGCAAAUUGGCACCAUGUGCCACGUGUACAUAGUAUACAGUGUUUACUUGCUCUUCAAUAAAGGUUGACGUUUUUACUUUCAAAGCUUACCUCAUUUGAAUGUGGUCGAUUCUGACUCUAGGAUAACAGAAGUUGUCUGAAACACGUAGGAAUAUUUUAAAAACUGCUUUUAGUAUAGUGGGAUCCAACUAAUGUAUAUAACUGUAGCCUUUUUGUUCAUAUACUUCCUUCACUUUAUGGGUUCCGACCUACCCUAAGUUGUCCUGCAAAGUCCUCUGCCUCGCUCUGGUUUGGACUGCAGAUCUCCCAGCUUGUCCGUCCAUCUGUCCUUCCGGUUUCUACUUCAGGUGGUUGAUGCCCUUCACCACUGUCUCUUGAGCUAUGGACUUUCAAGUCUGAAACCCAGUUUUCUUGUGUAAUUAUUUAUUUGUUCUCAAUUGGCUUGGAAAAUAGGAUGUUUAAAAUUAAAGUUAACUUUUAAAAAGAAUUUGCCCCUCAAUCUCAAUGUCCUGUACAAAUGUAAUCAUGCAUAUGUUUCUAAGGAGAUAUUUUUAUAUAGGUUCGUUUUUCUCAACAAUAUUCCUUUCGACAGUCCUUUCAAUGCCUGUAUUGCAUUCCAUAGUGUGCAUUUCAUACUGUAUGUAAUGUAAUCAUUCCUUUAAUGCCAUUCAAACUGCAUUCUCUCGUUGCCUCUAUACACAAUACUGCUUGCUAAAAUGUUGUUUUAUACCUUGCUUGGCUUUAUGCAUAGUAGCUUUCCUAGGGGGGUAUGCUUUAAAUUCUGACAAAGCCCGGUGAGACUUGUCACUAUAUCAAGGUGCCAUUUUCUCUUUCUCCUGUCUUGAAUGGCAAAUAUCCUGUUUUAUACAUCUGAUGUCAAGUGGAAUAAAAUUUCAUUAA